AUGACACUCUACUACAAAGAUUUUUCCGGUGGCCCGAAUGCGAACACGAUCGAGAUCCCGGGCCCGUCGAGCUUCCCCCUGAACUUCUCUAGGUUCGGAGCCAUGUUCGUCUCGGACGACCCUAUAACCGAAGGGAUCGAGGAAGGCUCGGCCCCAAUCGCAAGGGGCCGGGGCUUUUACGUCAUAACGGACCUAGAUAGGACCCAUGGUCUGUGGCUAGCGUCGGUUGUGUUUAUCAAUGGCAAGUAUAAAGGCAGCACAUUGGAAUUACAAGGCUCUUACUCGACGUUUGAGGGGGUGUCGGAGGUGGCGGUGGUGGGCGGCACCGGAAAAUUCCGGCUAGCCCGCGGUUACGUAACGUACGAGACUCUUUCCUUUGAUCCCGCGACCGGCUAUGCAGUCUUCCAAUCUAAUAUGACUGUGCUACAUUAUUAA